AUGAGUGAUUACACUCCAAAGGUUUCGAGGGCUCGUCCUGCUCAAAUUAAUGCUUUGUGGGCAGCGUUUAAGGACUCGUCUUACGAUCUGUUGUUCAGUGCUCAAGGUAUUGGCGCCUCUGCGAGUCAGGGUGUACUAAGGGGAAUGCUUCUGUGUGAAAAACUAGAAGGAACUUUAGCCGAAUUUGCAGCCCUUAGAGAUAACAGUUUUGAUUUUCAAUUCGAUCUUGUUGAUGCUCUGGCAGGCGUCGUUGAAGUAGCUAAGAAGCUAGCACAAUCUAUAACUGUUUCUGAUGACCUUCUGAUCGCAAGUCAGCUUAUGCUGGGCCUUUUUAUGAAACAAUACCGCCUUCAGUCACAUACUGCCUUGUACUGCGAUUAG